CCCUCUCUCCUGGAGAAACACCCUCCGAACGGUUUCUUGGUCUUCCCCCGUCGGCCGACACUUCAGUGCUUCAGCGGCUUCAGUCCUUCCUCGCGCGCGGUUGGGAGUAUGCAACCCGCCGCUCACAGCUUCUGAACCUCGCUGCAGGAGCAGCGAACACACACGAGUCAACAGGCGCCGCCUCGAUAACGACUGGUUGGCAGCAAAUCGAGAGACAAUAUGGCGACCGCCGCUAGCAGUGCGACGCGGUUCGCCCUGACGCUGCUGUGCUUCCUGGUGUCGUGCACCCUACGCGCUCGAAGCCAAAUCCUGAACCCGCCGUACUUCAACCUCGCCGAAGGCCGCAACAUCUCGGCCACGGCCACGUGCGGUGACCAAGGCACGCCGGAGCUGUACUGCAAGCUGGUCGGUGCCAAUCUGGACAAGCAGGACAACCCCAACAUCAACCUCAUCCAAGGACAGGUGUGCGACUACUGCGAUGACCCUCGGCGAGACUACCCACCGCACGUGUUCGAGGGCGACCCUCUGGACCAACGGCGCGAGCAUCCGGCACGUUACGCCAUCGACGGCACCGAGCGAUGGUGGCAGAGUCCUCCGCUGUCCCGUGGAACGCGCUUCAACGAGGUCAACCUCACCGUCGACCUCGGACAGGAAUUUCACGUGGCCUAUGUCUUCAUCAAGAUGGCCAACUCCCCUCGGCCGGGUGUAUGGGUUCUGGAGCGGUCAACUGACAAUGGCAAGACCUACAAAGCCUGGCAAUACUUUGCCGACAGCAUUGAUGACUGCAGGGCCAUCUUCGGACAAGAUGUAGAAGACUCCAUCAAGCGUGAUGACUCUGUCAUUUGUGAGACAAAGUUCUCCAAGGUGGUGCCCCUUGAGGGUGGAGAGAUGGUCAUCUCCCUUCUGAAUGGCCGUCCAAGCGCAGAUAACUUCACCUAUUCACCUGUGCUGCAAGAAUGGACUAAAGCAACCAACGUACGAAUGCGCCUCUUGCGAACGAAGACACUUCUCGGUCACCUGAUGUCAGUUGAACGUCAAGACCCCACAGUCACAAGGAGGUACUUCUACAGUAUCAAGGAUAUCAACAUUGGUGGCCGGUGCGUGUGCAACGGACAUGCUGACACUUGCGACAUCACCGACCCAGCAAACACAUACAAGCUCAAUUGCCGGUGCCAGCACCACACGUGUGGACACCAGUGCGAGCAGUGCUGCUCUGGAUUCAUGCAGAAAAAGUGGCAGAGAGCCAGCGUUGACAACCCCAACGUCUGUGAACCCUGCAACUGCUUUGGACACUCGGAAGACUGCUACUAUGAUGAAAAGGUGGAUGAACAGCAGCUCAGUUUGAACAUCCAUGGCAUUUAUGACGGAGGCGGAGUGUGCCGCAACUGCCAGCACAAUACAGAAGGCAUAAACUGCAACAAAUGCAAGCCUGGCUUUUAUCGACCCUACAACAAGCCCUUGAAUGACACUAACGUCUGCCAACCAUGCCAGUGUGACCUGACGUAUUCCUCGGGCAACUGCUCAGAAGGGUCGGGCCGUGAGUGUCGGCCAGAAUUUUUGCCACCAAACUGUGACCAGUGCAAUGUGGGCUACUAUGGCUACCCAUCCUGCCGCCCUUGUGACUGUCACGCAGAAGGCACUCAGGGUCGUGUCUGUCAGGUGAACGGAGGCCAGUGUCCAUGCCGCCCUUACUAUGAGGGAAAGAACUGCGAUCGCUGUGCUCCCGGCUACUAUGGUUUUCCAAACUGCAAACCCUGCGACUGUGACCCGACGGCUGCCUUGGGCAGAACCUGUAACGACAGCACAGGGCAGUGCCAGUGCCGCAACAGCUAUGGAGGUCGUCAAUGCUUGGAGUGCCAAGUGGGCUUUUACGACUACCCAUCUUGCAAAUUGUGUGCCUGUGACACGACGGGCACUUUGGAUGAUGUUUGCAACAACCAGACUGGCCAGUGCCUGUGCAAGCCGGAAUACGGAGGCGCACGUUGCGACCAGUGUGCACCAGGAUACUAUGGCUUCCCCAACUGCAUUCCUUGUGAAUGUGACCCUAAGGGCUCCCUUAGUGAAGUCUGUGAUGCCUCUGGAAAAUGCCCCUGCCUGGCUAGUUUCACUGGACUUCAGUGUGACCAAUGCGCACCUGGAUAUUUUUCUUAUCCCGAAUGCCACCCGUGCGAGUGUGACACCUAUGGUGCUGUCGGUGUCUCCUGUGGCAAUGACGGCAUAUGCUUCUGCAAGUCGAAUUUUGAUGGAGACAAAUGCAACAGCUGCAAGAAGGGUUUCUACAACUACCCACUCUGUGAAGGCUGCAACUGCAACCCUGCUGGUAUUCUGCCUACAUUUGGUGGGUGUGGCAGCCUGACCAGUGGAGAGCUGUGCGAAUGCAAGGAACGCGUCACGGGCCGAAUCUGCGACCAGUGCCGCCCACUCUAUUGGAGCCUCAAGCCAGCUAAUCCUCAAGGCUGUGAAGAGUGUGAGUGUCACAUUCCUGGCACUGUGGGCGGCCUCGGAGUAGGUGACGGACAGAGCGGUCAAUGCCUGUGCAAGCCCAAUGUGGGUCAGCGACAGUGCACAACUUGCAUUGAUGGCACUUUCACGCUGAGGGAGGACAACUUGCUUGGAUGCCAAGACUGUGGCUGUGACGUGGGCGGAUCGGUGGGCAGCACAUGUGAUCAGCGGAACGGACAAUGCCCUUGCCGUCCACGAAUCACCGGCCGCCGUUGCUCAGAGCCUUUGCAGGCACACUACUUUCCCACAUUGCACCAGCACAAGUACGAGGUGGAAGACGGCCAUACACCAAGUGGGGUCAAUGCCCGCUUUGAUUUCGACGAGGCCCUGUUCCCAGGAUUUUCAUGGCGAGGCUAUGCCAUCUUCUCCAACAUCCAGAAAGAGAUCCUGCUUGAUCUGCGCAUCCAGAAGCCAGGGCUAUACCAGGUCAUUGCACGCUAUGUCAGCCUCAAUGGUGACAAUAUGUACUCCAACAUCACCUUCACUCCCGACUUUUACGGAGAGACCAAGCAGAGCGAGAUUCUGAUUCUGCCACCCAGCAGUGAGCCACGCUUCCAGGCUGUUGUUGGUCCUGACGGUGUAACUGCGCUACCGUUCGUGCUCAACCCUGGCCGCUGGACCCUGUCCAUCAAGGCACAGAGGCCAGUGUUUAUGGACUACAUUGUGCUCCUGCCGGAAGCCUUCUAUGAAGCCACCCUCCUUCAGGAGAAGGUCAAGCAGCCCUGCCUCCAGGGGCAGGCACCCGAAGUGGCAUGCAUCCAGCUACGCUACCCAGCACUGCCCGAUGGUGCAGUGCCUGUCUCAGCGGCUCAGGCUGGUUAUGUCGAGGACAAUGGACAGCAGAACCCCGUCAGGCUUCUGGAUGAUCAGUACAUCUUGGAUGAACUUCGCAGCGGCCCAAUGGCACAUUUGACGGAAGAUGAGCAUGCCAUGACCUUGGAACUGAAGGCCCCCUCGCCAGGACGAUAUGUGUUCCUGCUCUUCUACCACUCGCUUGACAGUAACGAUUCCCUGCCAGCGGACGUGAGCCUCUCAUCCUCUGACGCUUUGGCUACGGGAAAAGUCAAUCUGCAUCGGUGCAAGUACAACAUGAUCUGUCGACAGGUUGUUGUUGAUCACCUGAAUCGUGUGCUCGAGUUUGGGCUGAAGGAUGAUCCAGUGCGCAUAACCAUCGACCUUGGUGAGGACUCCAACAGUGAACUGGCCGUGGAAAGAAUAGUGGCUGUGCCAGCACUCCAGUGGCACACGGACUACUUGCUUCCUGGAAGGGAGUGUGUCUUGCGUGAGGGAGAGUGCCAGGGACUGCCUUUCCCUGCCUUCUCGCCUGCUGCCAAGGUUGAAUUUGAGAGUGCAGAGGAUGCCAUGGUGGCCACUGAUCUUCCAACCACCCUCAAGGACAAUGGAACUAGCCUGGUUCUUCUUGACCACCGUAAUUCAAUGGUCACCCUUAAUGACACUGUGCCAGAACCGGGGCCUUACGUCCUCGUUGCACACUACUUCCAGCCUGACCACCCUGCCUUUGAGUUGACGACCGUCCUGGAGAGCGGGGGUCACCAGCGUGACACCAGGCUGCCCCUUGAGCACUGCCCCUGGACUUCAGGCUGUCGGGCAGUGCUUCUCAACCCUCAGACAGGCACCACUGCCUUCCCCCUUGUGGACAACUUCACACUCAACUUCGAAGUGCCUGACCAGAAGUCGGUCUGGCUGGACCAUUUAAUGCUCAUUCGUGAAGACCAGUUUGACAAGUCAAUGCUGCAGCCUCUUCCCCUGGACAAGGCUGUGGAAUUCAUCAAGCAGUGUGGCCAGAACAGCCUCCACAUUAGCACCGAGACCAGUGACUUUUGCAAGGAGGCAGUGUUUUCCAUUACUGCUGAAUACAACAAUGGGGCACUUCCCUGCCAGUGCAACAUUGAUGGCUCGUUGUCUUUUGAGUGUGAGCGUUUUGGAGGCCAGUGCCAGUGCAAGGAGAAUGUGAUUGGCCGCACCUGCUCCCAGUGCCGCACGGGCUACUAUGGCUUCCCUGCAUGCCAGCCAUGUGACUGUCCCAACACUGCUGUGUGCCACCCAGUCACUGGCCAGUGCAUCUGCCCUCCGCGUGUCACCGGUGAAAAGUGUGACACCUGUGUGCCACUCACCUUCGGCUACACUCGCAUCGUGGGAUGUGAGGAAUGUAACUGCCAUCCACACGGCGUCCAAGGAGGCAACCUUCAGUGUGACCUGCAGACCGGACAGUGCAGGUGCAAGAACAGCAUUGUGGGCCGUACAUGUGAUGAAUGCAAGUAUGGCUACUGGGAUUUCCCACGCUGUCGCCUCUGCAACUGUGACCUCCGCGGAACAGGGGAAGAGAUCUGCAACCAGGACACUGCCGAGUGCUUUUGCAAGGAAAAUGUCGAAGGAGAGUCUUGUGACACCUGCAAGCCAGGAACAUUUUUCCUCGAAGAGAGCAACCCUGUAGGCUGCACCAAGUGCUUCUGUUUUGGCACUACAGACCGCUGCAACAGUGCCUUGCUUUUCCGCAGCCAGAUUGUGGAAAUGGACGGCUGGACAUCUGUCGGCCUCAACGUGCUAAAUGACUUGAUGCAUGAGGAUCUGGAAGCACCCGUGUCAUCUUCACCCAGCAGCGUAGAGGUGACUCCACCUGCAGCACUGCCCGUGGGAUCCCUACUCUAUUUUGUGGCUCCCUCACCGUACCUCGGAAACAAGGUUACAUCCUAUGGUGGAAUGCUGUCCUUCAGCCUUUCAGCCACUGUGGAUUAUGAUGUAGACUUUGGCAGUGUUAUUGGCCCGGACGUUAUCCUUACGGGCAACAACCUCACUCUGGUGCAUGAGCAUGUGGAGCAACCUGCGGCUGGUGUUCCACUGGACUUCAGCAUUAAGUUGGUUGAGGGCGAGUUCCGUCAGCUUGGUGGGCGCAAGGUUACAAGAGAACAGCUCAUGACAACAUUGGUCAACAUCGAUGGCCUGUACAUUAGGGCUUCCUAUUUCCAGCCAUCUCUACUAGUCAGGUUGAGCAAUGUAGCUCUGGACACUGCACUCUCGACGUACCUUGCUGAUGCUGCCCCAGCCUUGACUGUGGAGCAGUGCCAUUGUCCACCCAAUUACAUGGGGACGUCAUGCGAGGAAUGUGCACCCGGGUACUACCGCUCAAGAACAAGGACCGCUCCUUACUUGGGCUUCUGUGUUCCUUGCCAGUGCAACAACCAUGGUGACACUUGCGAUGUUGUCACUGGGAAAUGCUUCAACUGUCGUGACAACACCUACGGUGACCACUGUGAGAAAUGCUUGCCCGGUUACCAUGGUGACGCCACCAGAGGCAACCCUGAUGACUGCCUCAUCUGUGCCUGCCCGAUUCCAACCCCAUCAAACAACUUUGCCGAAAGCUGUGAGGUGUCUCCAAGUGGUCAAGAGAUCAGCUGCAACUGUAAAAAAGGAUACUUUGGGGCUCGAUGUGAUGUGUGUGACGCUGGCUACUUUGGUCAGCCUGACGUAAUUGGCAGCAGCUGCGAGCCGUGCCAGUGCAGUGGCAACAUUGACCCUGAAAACCCUGCCUCCUGUGACACAGUCAGUGGCGAAUGUGUGCUCUGCCUGAACAACACUUUCGGCCCAGCAUGUGAAAUCUGUGCACCUGGCUUCUAUGGUGAUGCCGUUGGGGGAAAGAAUUGCCGCAAGUGCUCAUGCGACACGUGUGGAAUGCAUUCUUGCGACGCAAGUUCAGGAACCUGCAACUGUCACGACAAUGUCAUUGGAGAGUACUGUGACCAAUGUGCUCCGAAUCACUGGGGCUUCAAGAGCUGCCAGGGUUGCCGUCCCUGUGACUGCGGCUUGGCUUCCCAGUCGAAGCAGUGUGACCUGGAAACGGGCCAGUGCCCUUGCCAGCCUGGUGCUGGAGGUCUCCGCUGUGAAACCUGCGAGCCAGGAUUUUGGCGCUACUCCACCAGUGGUUGCAUCUCGUGUAACUGUGCUGCCAAGUUCUCGGCUGGUGCUGUCUGCAACCAGCAGACGGGUCAGUGCCAGUGCUUGCCUGGAGUGAUCGGGGAGAAAUGUGACAGCUGUCCACACCGAUGGGUCUUUGUUGAGCGGCAGGGAUGCCAUGAGUGCGGCGAGUGUGUGCAUGCCCUACUGGAUGACACAGACCAGUUGGCAGAUCUCUUUGGUGACAUUCAGUUUGAGGUGAAAGAUUUGUCAGCAACAUACCUGGCCAAUCAACGGCUGCAGGUGGUCAACCAGACUGGCCAUGACCUCAAGCUUCAAUUUGAGACAUUCCAAACAGAACGUGAGGCAGAAGGUGCCAGUCCACUAGGACAGAAUGUCUCUGACUUGGAAACUUUUGGCAAUGGAGUACGCAAGAGUAUGUCGGUGAUCCUUUCUUCUGCCAAGACAAAUGACAAUGCAGCGUUUGCUACUAAGAUGGCUGCUUUACAAGAGGAAGCUGAUGUCAACAAGACCAUUAAAGAAAUGCAGGACAUUCUGUACAACCUGAUGACAUUCUCAGAAGGCCUCAGCACAUCAUCUGCUAGCAAUAUUGAGCCCAUGCUGCAAGAAGCUAAGCGCAUCACUGAGCGACUCAAUGGGACCACCUUCGUUCCCGAAUUCCGGCAGUCUGAGGAUGACCUAGCUGAGGCUCGUGAAGCCCUGGAGCAAGCACAGCAGUUCUCGCUGCCUGUGGUGCAGAACAAUGCAACGCUGGCUGAGCUCAGGCGCAGCAUGCAGCAGGACCUGGAAGACCGCCUGCACGAGUUGUCCAACCACACGGCACGUGCUAACACCAUGAUGCGCAAGGCUUCGGGGCUGCUGCACAUGGCUAAUAGCUCACCAUUCAGGGGCCUAGUUGCUCAGAGUGAAGAGCUGCAGUCCAAGGCCCAGGAGCUCUUGAGAGAAGGCGAGGAGCUGCUGCGCCAGUGCUCUGGCUUUAACUUGGAUGCAGAUAAAGCUCUUGAUGCACUGGGUGACAAUGAGCGUCGGCUGCGUGAUUCAGUGGACCAGCUCCGAGAGACCUUGGCCAAAGUGACGAAGCAGACCUACGAAGUUGAGCCAGUUGUCCGCGAUGCCGUUGAACACUCAGAACGGCUUCAAAACCAAGCUGAGGAGUGCAAGAACAUCCUAUAUGACACAAAGCAGACGUCUGCAUCAGCACUUGCCUAUGAUGAAAUAGCCAAAGCGAUUGACGAUGCCCUCAACUAUUCACGUGCUGCAAAGGCUGCUGCUGAUGAGGCUCAUUCCCUGUCUGUUGGUAUCAUCGACCGUGCUUCUGACUCUAAGGGCAACAGUGAAGGUCUCCUCGCCGAUGCAAGGGAACUGGAACGACACGUAGACUAUGAGAUGAAGCCAAGAGUAGGAGAUGCCGUUGAAAAGCUUGCAGCCAUAGAACUUCAUAACAAGAUGAAUGCCAAAGACUUGCAAGACUUGGCACGAGACAUGGACAAUUUGCAGACAACCGAAGGCAACGAAGCUCUGCUGGCCUCAGUGACGGCUGUACGUACAGCAGCUGACCAAGUGCAGGAAACCGCAGACAAGGUUGAUGCCAUCCUGCAGCGACUUCCAGGUGAAAACACGCAUGCUCAGGCACUCUCCAGCGACAACGUAGGCUACCAGCAGGCGCUGCUGGCUGCCAGCAGCUACAUUGACCGUGUCGUGGCUCCUGAGCCAGACUUGGGUCGGCUUGCCAACCGGCUGCUCCAACGGCACAAGGCCAUGAAGGACCAUGCCAUGGACAUCCAGAAGCAACUGGAAGAAUUGCGUCGCAAGGUGGCCCUUGCCAAGGAUGAAGCUAACAGGGUGAAGAUUGGCAUGGCAUUCAACGGCAACGAGUGGGUCCGGCUAAAGAAUCCUGAAAAUUUGCAAGAGGCAGCAACAUACACUCACCUGUCUCUGCACGUCAAGACAGACAGGCCUGAUGGCACGCUCUUUUACCUUGGAAAUGGUCAAAGCUCUCAGCCAAGAGCGAAACGUUCUCGUGAGGGUGAUUUCAUGGGCCUGGUAUUGAGAGAUGGCUACCCUGUGCUUCUUAUCAACCUCGGCGAUGGAAUAGAAGAGAUUCGGAAUGAUAAAUAUGUUGCUGACAACAAUUGGCACCAGAUUGUUAUUGACAGGACUGGCAAGACAGUCAAUCUUGAAGUGCGCACAGAAGGUGAACCUGACAGCAUAAAGACCAAGUAUCUCCAAGGCACCAGCAGCGUGUUCAACUUGGAUCAGGCGCUGUCCGAGUUCUACCUUGGAGGUGUGCCAGACACUGCAGAUAUUCCGCUGAGCCAACGGGACACUAUGCCAUUCAUUGGCUUCUUGGAAGAGCUGCAAUUUGGCAGUCUGCCUGUGGGCCUGUGGAACUUCCACAGCCACCAAGGGAAGCUGGAGGGAUGCCAGGAGCGGGACAGCCUCAUCGACAUUCCCAGUGGCAGGGGCCUACGCUUUGAUGGCUCAGGCUAUGCCAUAGUGUCCAAGGAACGGCGUGAUUUCAACGAUGGCAUCAGCAUCAGCAUGAAGUUCCGCACGUAUGCCAAGGAGGGACUGCUUUUCCUCAUACACAACGGGGGAACAUUUAUGGCCCUGGAGUUGCGUGAUGGCCACGUUGUGUAUAAGUUCAACCUUGGCAGUGGCAUGACACAGUUGAAAUCCAAUGCAGCCUAUAACGAUGGCCAGUGGCACCAGCUCAGAGCUGCCCAGUUGCGUAAUGAUGCUGAUCUUACGGUGGGAGGCAACGAUUCUGUUCCUGCUAGUUAUCGAGGUCCAGAGACUGGCAUUGACGCCACCGAUGACAUAUUUGUUGGGGGCCAUCCGUCUUUUCAUGGUCACACGGAGGUCACCCGCAUGAACUUCGAGGGAUGCAUAGAAGAGUUGGAGCUGGACACACGACUCGUCGACUUGCACAAAACCAAGGAGGCCCUGGCUGUGACCACAGGUUGCCCUCCAAAUGUGGCACGAGUGGUGUCAUUCUCCGCAGAGUCUCCUGGCUUUGUUGCCAUGCCAUUCAUGGACCUGACGGAGAACGCUCAGUUGACACUGAAGUUCCGUACUAAGCGCCCCAAUGGUCUCAUCUUCUACACAAGUAACGAGGACCACUCUAAAUUCCUGGCACUCGGAUUGCGCGGGGGAAGGCUGUUUCUACAGGCGAGACCAGGUGGCCAUGUAGAAACCGAGGGAACUUACGAUGAUGGCCGCUGGCACUAUGUCACUGCCAGCAGCUACUCCAAUCGGUUGAGGCUGGACAUUGACGAUGCUGUUGUGGUGCAAGAGAAUGCGGUGGAGCCCGUCUUGUACACACCACCAGCCCCACUUUACUUUGGAGGUCUCCCACCUGGAGUUCAGGCCAUCCCGAGCUUCAGCUUGAUGGGACGUACCUUCUUUGUCGGAUGUCUGGGCGAUUCCACCGUGCGAGGCGUGCUUCAAAACUUUGCCGCUACGGCAGAUCGCUUCAAUGCUGCCCUCACCAGCUGCCCUCUGCCUGGGCCCGACGAUGAUGAUGUAUCUGUCGAGGAAACAGCAACUGUGACUGAAGGUCCAGGCAAGCAUUCCCCGAGCGGUCCACUUCCAGGCUGUGUGCUGCCACUGGAGCCAGCUCGUGAUGCUGAUGUGACACCUGAGAGUGGCCUCCGGUUUGGCAACAGUCCCGAGAGCCGACUCGAGUUCCGACUUCCGACAGACCUAGCUAAUAGUCUGAUGGAGCAUUCGACUAUCUCACUUGAGUUCCGCACGCGCCACGAGGAUGGUAUCCUGUUCUAUGUCACCAACAGCAACAAAGUCGACUUCAUAGCCAUCUUCAUGAAGCAAGGAAGAGUGAACGUCAUGUUCAACUGUGGCACGGGCCCAGGCCUUCUGACAACAACAGACGUGUACAAUCUGGGAGAGUGGCAUUCACUCGAGUUCAGCCGCCGGGGCCAGAUGGGCGUGCUGUACAUGGACAAUGCGACGGCAGCACAGGGCAGCUCGCAGGGCACCACCAGCUCAAUCAAUGUCAAGAGCCCCAUCUAUCUGGGCGGGCUCCCACGCAACGUCUCUUCCCAAGUGAAAAACAACCUUCGCGGAGUGACCGGCUCUUUCCCGGGAUGCAUCCGCAAGCUGGAAGUAGAAGACCGGCAGAUGCUGCGACCUCGAGUCAGCGUUGGUGUUACGGGCUGCUCGCAGAAAGUAGAAACAGGCACCUUCUUCGGUGCCAAUCACAGUCAUCUCAUUCUGUAUGACAGCUACAAUGUGGGCAAGGAGAUGACUGUGGAGCUGGACAUCAAGCCCCGAAGAACCUCAGGAAUCUUGUUUGCAGUUCACAGCAACAACCAGAAGGAUUUCGUGCUGCUACAGAUGAUCGAUGGCAACAUCGUAUUUAGUGCUGACAAUGGUGCAGGAAUUAUCAAGGUCUCUGUCAGUGCAGGAAACCUUUGUGAUGGAGAGUGGCACACUGUCAAAGCUGUGAAGAACAAGAACAUUGUGUCCCUCGCUGUUGGCACCACCAGUAACUUGGCUAUUGGACGAGGAGGAGUCACGGCCACUGACACAAUGAACCCACUCUAUAUUGGUGGUGUGCCGGAUCCGAGCAAGACGCGAGCCGUGGCAACGCAGGAGCAGUACGUUGGCUGCAUUCGUUACCUGCAGAUCAAUGGCAAACUCCAGAGUAUGGCUGAGAGUACGGUUUACGGAAACGUCCAGUUGAACUCGUGCCCCACCAUCUAAGAAGAUGCGUCCUGCAUGUGCUAUUCCUUUGCAGUAGCGCUCAGUUUUGUGUCAGUCUUUUUUUCUUUACAUUGAUGUGGAGAGUGUCUAGAUUGGUUUUAUAAAUUUUGUUUUCUCACCAGGUACAAAAGUUAUGGUAAACUUAGAAGUCACUCUUCAGCUGAAUCACAGUAGAAUUGGCUAUUUUUUGUUUUUAUUCGGAAAGUAAUAAAUAAAGAUUGGCUUAUUUGUGUCAUGUA